AUGGACCGAUUUAACGAACUCUUUGAGUACACCGCACGAAAACCUCUCACUCCAAUACUCAAUGAAUUCAAAGAGUGGGUCAACACUAAUGAUGAACAAAAGAUCGCGCUCCUGGAUAUGUUUUACGAUUUAUGUAAAUACUGCAGAAAAUUCCGAGAAAAUGAGGCAAUUUCAACGCUUCACAAACAGCUUAUUGAAAUACUCCCAAAGAUAAAUUGUAACCAAGUUUCCAUCACAAAUUUGGACCCCCUCAUCAACUCCGCCAAAGGCUUUGCUAGCGACCGUCAGAUAUGGAUUGAUGUCAUCUCCAUAGCCGACUCUCUCUCUCUCAAAACUUCACUAAUCUCAACAGAUCCUCAAACUUCAGGCGGACCACAAAAAAGUUCAAAUGUCAAUUUGAUGCGGGAUUUUGCAGAGCCAGUUGGUUACAACAAAAAAACUGCCUCCCUUACAGAGGCCCUAAAAGCAGAGUUGACAGGAAAUAUCUAUAAAUCUGUUGGCAACUUCUGGGAAGUUCAUUUCGAGAGCUUAGCCUGCUCAUUCCUCACAACGAGGAUCUGGAAGAGUUAUCGGGACAAUGGACAAUGUGGCAGAGACAACGUUUUCAUUGAUCAAAUGGAUGAAGCAGCUAUGCGACGCUGGUUCUACGCUCUACAUGACCGUUACCUCAGCCAAUUCCUCGGAGAUGCGGAGGAGCCGAUCAGAGAUGAGCCAGUGGUCGUAAGGUCGGCAAACAAUCCGAAGUUGCGAGGGAAAUUUUCUUACACCACAAUCCUGACGCAACUCAAAGGAGGUCUGACGUCACAAAAGCUUGACUUUUUCAUUGAAAAUGUCGCGUUACCUGAAAGCGACAUUCAUGAAUGGAGAGAAGUUAGGGUUGUGGGUGAGUUUACUUGCUCUUCGGGACAGAAGGGCGAGAAGGCACACCAGUUGAUGAAAUACGUGCGCGAGAUAUUUUACGCGCAGCCGCUGCGUCGUUUUGUGCACGGAUUCUGCCUUCACAAGAAUCACUUGGAGCUUUGGGUUGUCGAUUGGUCGGGCGGGUACAGCUCAGGCGAAAUUAAAAUUAUCGAGAGCCAAGAAAAGCUAGUCCGAGCCCUCUCUUCGUACAUGCUGAUGAGUGACGAAGAGCUUGGACUCGACUCAUUUGUUAGGUAUGUUGGACAACACGCCUACAUUACCAUCCCAGACGGCGAUAAUACUGGGGAGCAAAUUGAGGUCGUGCCAGAGCCUGUAGCCCGUCCCGUUACAAUAUACUCGCGAGGAAACACUUGUUAUCAGACGCCUGAUGGCGAGUAUCUGAUCAAGUUUUCCUGGGGCAACGACAUUAAACGAAGCGAGAUCGAUGCGUUGAGACUAGCCAAGGGAAUCCAUGGUGUCAUCAAUCUUUAG